AUGGCUUCUGGAGUGCCAAAGACACCAACACCUCCAACACCUCGUAUUUUGCUCAGGGAAAGACUGAAGGCUGAUUCUCUGACUCCCUCUGCCUUCCAGAAGGAGAUGUCUCUCAGCACCAAGCAGAGGCUGGCCAGAGCUAAGAAGCUGAGUCUGCCUCCCAUUGUCCAGCCUCAAGACAAGCCUGGGACCUCCCAUCACAAGUUCUCAGCAGCUGCCCCAGAGCAGCGCUCGUUUCAGCCUUGCCCACCAGAGGUGGUGUUUCAGAACUACAGCCCCGGUGAGGUCUGUGAAGUGCCGCUGGUUCUGAGGAACAGGGACAAGGUUCCUCACUUGUUGAAGGUCACCUUGAAGAGCUCACCUUAUUUCCAGCUGGUGGGCCCCAAUGACGUGUGCCGCAAGGUGCCACCGGGCCUCUACACCACUGUCCGCAUCCUCUUCACCCCUGGGCAGAGAAAGGAUUAUUUCCACCACCUCCUCUGCACCACUGAAAAUGAAGAGUUCAUUGUGCCAAUUUGGGCCAUCGGUGGCCGAGCCAUCCUGGACUUCCCUGACCAGCUGGACUUCUCCACCUGUCCGGUCAAGUACACGACCCAGAAGACCCUGCUGGUUCACAAUGUUGGAAACCGGCCUGCUCGUUACGAGCUGAGCACCCAGAGCCCUUUCUCUGUCACUCCGGGCAUGGGAACUCUGGAUGUUGGUGACGCCGUGGAGGUGGCAGUGGAAUUUCGGCCACUGAAGACUGGUGACCAUUCCAGGUCCCUUGUUGUGCACUACGACACAGGUGAAGACACCCACACAAGCCUUCAUGCCAGAGCUGUGGAUGCCCACAUCAGGCUGGACAGGAAUACUGUGACCCUGGAGAAGACGUACAUCUCCAUGUCAAACAGUGCAACUGUGCUCAUCCACAACCGCAGCGACAUCACAGCCCGCUUCCAGUGGAAGGCUGUGGAUACUGAGGAACAGGAGGAACAGCUGAGGCAGAGGCAGUAUCACAGGAUAUACCCGCAGCAAAGGCACAAGUUGUAUAGUUUUCUGAAGGAGCGUGAAGUGGACAUCACUUGCCGAGAACGCCUUGCUCUUCUCAACCACACCUUCCAGAGUGAGGUAGCAAAGAUCAGAGGAGAUCCCAUGCUGUUAGACGAUGACAUUUUCUCCCUUGUGCCAAAGGAGGGUGAGAUCAUGCCGAAGUGCUCGGCUGAAAUCAGCGUGUUCUUCACGCCCCAGGCAGCCCAGGUCUAUGAACGAACAGUUUACUGUGACAUCUCAGGCCGUGAGAACAGGCUGCCCCUGCUCCUCAUGGGGGAAGGCCUCGGGCCCCGGGUCCAUUUCCACUUUGAGGAACUGAACAUCGGGGAGGUUUUUGUCAGAGUAACCCACAGAUAUGAGGCAUACCUGAUCAACAAGGGGCCUAUUGAGGCUCCCUUCAAACUCAUCCCUCCAACCACAGCCAUGGGCUCCUGCUUCACCUUCCUGCCCCAGGAGGGCAUCGUGGCACCAGAGAAGCUCCAGGCCAUCCGGGUCUCCUUCUGUCCCACCAUCCGGGGGGAGUUUGAGGAACAAUUCUGUUUCCAUGUGGCUGAAUCCCCUAAGCCUGUGAUCUUCACUGUCAGGGGCUCUGUGAUAGGACCCACUUUCCAUUUUGAUGUGCCCGCCCUGCACUUCGGUGACAUCGCCUUUGGUUUUCCUCACACCUUGAAGUGUUGCCUGUUUAACACCUCCCUGACGCCCAUGGGCUUCUCCCUCUACAUUCCUGGGGAUGGCUUGGGAGUGCCCAGUGUUAGCAGCACUACUCAGAUAGGCAAACCCAGCAGCCAGUUGUGGAGGAAGGAAGUUCGAGUUCUGAGGAGAUUACAGGAAUUUACCAUAAACCCCCACAGCGGGACCGUCCGUGCCCUGGGAUCCCAGGAUAUCAAGGUCACCCUGUGUCCCAACACUGUUGGGGACUACAAUCUGGAGCUGGUGCUGGACGUGGAAGAUGUUGGCAGGAAGGUGUUUGCACUGCCCCUCACAGCCAGGUGCAUCGUUCCUACUCUGCGAGUGCUCAACCCUGUCGUGGAACUGGGGCACUGCUGCUUGAAGGUGCUCUAUGAUGAGAAGGUGACCCUGGUGAAUGACAGUGACUUCCCAGGCUGCUACUGUCUUCUCCCUCAGGUUUGGCCUUGCAUCCAUCUCCUCCCCUCAGAUUUUACUGGGGGGGUUAUUAGGGGAAUAAAAGGAGCUUCGAGGGCAGUGAAAAUCCGAUGCAAGGAAGCUGUCAGCACCCAAGAACACAAGGAGGAGGCUGCUGCGUGGUACUCCAGCCUUGCACCCUCUGGGAUUAUCGAGGCUCACAGCUCGGUGCAGAUCCCAAUUACACUCCAGGCCCAGUUGCUGGGACAGUGCAGCAUCACUGCCAAGCUGGCCGUGUUUGGGAGACCAGGAUCCCCACUGGAAAUCCGUUUAGAGUGCGUUGGCCAGGGCCCCGUUGUCUAUGUCCAUCCCAGGGAGAUAAACUUCGGCUCUAUCCCAGUCCUAGAGGAUUGUUCCAAAACUCUCCACCUCGCCAAUCAGUGUAAGAUUCCUGCAGCCUUCCAGGUGGAGAUGGCUGUGGAACGUUCCUGCUGGAGGAUUGAGCCCAGUAAAGGAGUGGUCCCCCCCAGUUCUGAGGUGUCCGUGGCUGUCAUAGCUAACCUGAAUGACACAGUGAAAUUCCAGGAGAAGUUGAAGGUGUUCAUUGAGAACAACCCUGUGACCAUCAUCCCUCUCCAGGCUGUGGGCGUUGGCACCACAGUUGUCUCGGACAAACCUCUUGUUCCGAAGCUCGACUUGAAGUCCUGCUUCAGCUUCAGUCGCUGCUUUUACCACUUCCAGCUGACGAACAGAGGCCGCCGCACGCAGCGGCUCUACUGGAGCACGGAAGGGUUCCGCACCUUCCGCCGCAGCGCGCGGGCCCCGGCCCCCGCGGGCCCCCCGGGCAAAGGGGCUCCCCCCAUGCCCAGGCCUGGCAGCCCCGUGUUCAAGCUGUGCCCAGCGCAGGUGGACCUGAGGCCGGGCCAGACUGUGGACAUGGUGCUGGAAGGCUGCUCCAGCACUGUCCAGGAGGUGAAGGAGCGGCUGCUGUGCCACGCUGUGGUGGGGAAAGAGACAGCAAAGAAACAGAUCCUGCAAACAGAUGUCAUCUGCAACUUCAUCUGCCCUGCAGUGCAAAUGUCCCCCAGAGCCAUCGCUUUCCGUGUGGAAAAGAAACCCAGUGAUGUCCUGACACUGCAGUACCAGCCGCUGACAUUAAAAAACACCAGCUCCCUGCCAUUCAGCGUGGUGCUGGACUUGGAGCAGCCCUUCCUGGUCUGCAAUGUGAAGCGGAAGCCCCUCCCUGCAAAUUGCAAGGCUGUGGACUUUGGCUGCAUCAUAAAUGACACUGAACAAGAGUUGAAGAUGGAGAUGACCAACUGCAGCCCACUCCCUGUCAACUACCACUGGUCAUUCCUGACAGACAGCCAGGUGAACACCAUCAGGUUCAUCCCUUCACCACCUAAAUUCAAGCCACGGUCAUUAAACAAGAGGAGAGUGUUUCCAUGGAGAUACUCCAGGGCUGUAAGUGUGGAGGAGCCAACUGAAACCCCAGAAACAACGCAGGAUUCUGCCCAGGAAGAUUCUGCCCUGGAGGAUUCUGUCCUGGAGGAUUCUGCCCUGGAGAAUUCUGACGAGCAGGAUUCUGCUCAGGAAGAUCAUGCCCAGGAGGGUCCUGCCCAGGAGGAUGCUGCCCUGGAGGAUCCUGCUCAAGAGGACUCUGACCAGGAGGAUUCUGCUCAGGAGGACUCUGACCAGGAGCCAGAAGAUGCAGAGCAUUCCCUGGAAUCAGAGGGGCUGUCAUCCACUCCUGGGGCGUCUCAGAGGCCGCUGAGGGUGAGGGGACUGAGCUGGUUCUCAGAGAUGGAGCACCCCAAGCUGGGAAUGCAGGAGGUUUUUGACGUGCGGCCGCUGUGGGGUGAGCUGCAGCCGGGAGAGAGCGAGCAGGUCACCUUCACCUUCUUUGGGCACGCCAACGUGGUGGCGCGUGUGCGGGCGCUGUGCCACGUGCAGGGAGGCCCCAGCUACGAGGUGGUGCUGACCGGGGAGGCCUCGUGCCCCAGCUACCAGCUGGACCUGCAGGAGAUCGACUGGGGGCUGCAGAGGUUUAACAAAGUCCUCAAAGCAGAGGUGACCCUGCGCAACACCGGGGUCAUGGAAUUCACCUUCGUGGUGCCAAACUGCAGCACUGGCACUGCAGCAAAGCCUCUGCCCGGAGUGCCCGUGGUCGUGCCCACCACACCUGUCUGUCCCCUGAGCCAUCCCACAGCAAAGCCCUGA